UUAUAGGGCUUGACUCUCCAUCUCUGUUCACAGCUCUUUCUGUCUCCUUCCAUCUGUCUCUCCUUUUCUGUUUCUGCCUCUCUUGCUUUCUCGCUUUCUCCGCAGCUUUGUUCAGCUCGAGCUUUCUCCUGCACUGCAAGCGAGGCUGAAUCUCCUACAUCUCAGCGAGAGCCCAAACUUUUAACGGUGCGUUUGAACAUCUCAGAGGGAGAAAAUCCAGCCGAGCAGCCGCCAUGGAGGCCAUCAAGAAGAAGAUGCAAAUGCUGAAACUGGACAAGGAGAAUGCCAUCGACCGGGCCGAGCAGGCAGAGACAGACAAGAAGGCGGCAGAGGACAAAUGCAAGCAGCUGGAGGAGGAGUUACUGGAUCUGCAGAAGAAGAUGAAGCAGACGGAGGAUGAACUGGACAAAUUCUCUGAGGGCCUGAAAGAUGCUCAGGAGAAACUGGAACUGUCUGAGAAGAAAGCUGCAGAUCAGCAAGCCGACGACGCAGAAGAUCGGGCUCAGGUCCUACAGAGAGAGCUGGACAGGAGUACAAAAACGUUGGCUACGUCUCUCAGUAAAUUGCAGGAAGCCAUUCAAAAAAAUGCUUAUCGUGAAAAACGACGAAUGAAGGUGAUUGAGAACCGAGCGAUGAAGGAUGAGGAGAAGAUGGAGAUUCAGGAGAUGCAGCUGAAGGAGGCCAAACACAUCGCAGAGGAGGCCGACCGCAAAUACGAGGAGGUGGCUCGUAAACUGGUGAUCUUGGAGGGCGAGCUGGAGAGAGCUGAGGAGAGGGCCGAGCUCUCAGAAUGUAAAGCCAGUGACCUAGAGGAGGAGCUGAAAAAUGUGACCAACAACCUGAAGUCCUUAGAAGCCCAGUCUGAGAAGUACUCAGAAAAAGAAGACAAGUACGAAGAGGAGAUCAAAGUUCUGACUGACAAACUGAAGGAGGCUGAAACCCGUGCAGAGUUUGCCGAGAGGACAGUUGCCAAACUGGAAAAGAGCAUCGACGACCUGGAAGAGAAACUAUCACAUGCCAAAGAGGAGAAUCUGGGCAUGCACCAAGUCCUGGACCAGACCCUGCAGGAGCUGAACAGCUUAUAAACACACACAGAGGAAGCUGGAGAGGAUGAGGUCGUCAUUAACAUUCCAUUAAACGUUCGACUCCAUUCCACCUUUCGAGCUGUAAAAUCUUCAUUCCCCACCUAAAGGGGGAUUAACUUAAUGCUUCUCCUUUUUUUUUUCUUUUUUUUUUUUCCCAAGCACAACUUUUUUUUUUUUUUAUAAAGAUUUUUUGAAUCCACUGCUACUUUUUUUUUUUAAACCUCCAGAUGUUCUUGUAGAAAUUCGUUUUUGACCACUUACAAAGAACUGGCACUAAAUUUGUCCAAAGAAACCUCAGAUUUGGUCACUCAACCACUUAAACAGACUUAAUUUUACACAUUAUGUGCACAUACAUUACACUUCUGAUUAUUUUUAAUACAUAGGCUACAUAUGGCAUAGGGGUUUGCUCAGUCUUGUGUGGCUUUUAAGCGCCACCUAGUGGUAAUUUGAAGUUAGUCAACUUUUUUUUUAUUAUUAUUAUUAUUUUUCCAUUUUAUCUCCAGCGGCUGCAAAUUAACAGAUAUUUGACAGAUCUGUGCUCGUCUCAGUCUCUUUUUGUGUUAGAACAACACAACAGUCACGUGAACAGAUGACCUGAUAGCAAGGCUGGGUGAUUCAGACUUCUUUACAUUUAAUUAUAACGUAAUGCCUCUUUGGCCAAGGUGUUGAACCUGAUGCGGACGUUCUGAACACUUAAACGCUUGACCUGACCACUGAUACCUAAUGCAUCAUUACCAACAAUGUCAUUGUGUAGCCAAUAUUUACAAUAUGAGUGAGCUAAACCCCAAACCACUGGAAGCUCAGUCAAGUUUUAUCAACCAUGGAAACUUAUUGUAUAUAGUAGAAUAAUGUUAGGUAAUGUGAGAAGUUGUAUUUU